AUGUCGACUCCCCGUACCAAGCGCCAAUUUGCUGGUGCUUCAGCCGAUCCCUCCCAGCGACAAAUCACCUCUUUCUUCAAUGCCAGUGGAAGAACUUCCGCUGAAUCUCCAGUUACCGCAGCUGAGAAGCCUAUGCAGCCUACCCUUCCUUCCAAUGUCCAAGCAAACCUCCUCAGCGUUGGCAUGCGAGUCCGCAAGUCCGUCCCCGAAGGAUACAAGACGGUCGGCACUAGCGCUUUCAAGCUGUGGACAGACAAUGCUCCUGUAAAGUCUAUCAACACCGCCACCCGUGCCCCUGCCAAGGGUACCUCUCGAGAACUUCUUCCUUUCUGUGGAAUCAACAGGGUUGGAGGUCUCGACACUCAGCCUGACUUCGAGCGGGAGGAUGAGGUUCCAGACAUCGAUGCUAUUCCCGAGCUUACCAUGUCACAAGAGAGCAACGAUAGUGCUGAGUCAUAUGAUGGAUCUCGCAAGCGAAUCUUUGACGAGGAGGAAGAUGAACUGGUUGAAAGCCGCGCCAUGGAUGUCCAGAGCAACCGAGUCAUGGCUAUUCCAGUAUCCCGAAAGGGCGCCGGCUUGAGGGGCUUCGUUCCAGAGAACCAAAACUCUGGCACAGAUUUUGACGAGGCCGAUUUCCUUGUCCCUGAGAUGGAUAUGGCCAACUAA